AUGGCUGGUUGCAUGUCAACCCAAUCCAAAAUAUUAAACCAUGGAAAAAACACUGUCAGCGGGUCAUCAAACGCCAUAGAUAGGCAACCUGCUCCGCUUCAGAUGAAUGGUGCAACAACUACUCACAAAAGAUCUAAGGUUUCUAAUUCAACAUUCCAUCUCACCCAGCUGCAAUGGCACCAUAGUCAAUAUGAUUCGAAUGUAAUUUUCCAAGAGGAAGCUUGGUUUGACUCGGUGAGUAUUCUGGAGUCUGACUCGGAUGAUGACUUUAUCAGUAUACAUGGAGAUGGUUUUCCAUUAGCAAGCAAUCCAGUUGGGAAUAUCUCAAGUGGCCAAGUACUUCAGCAUGAAAGAUCUGCUCGCUUUGUUGAUAAUGAGUGUAAGUAUGAAGAAUACCAAAGCUAUAUGAUAAUUGAUGGAGGUAAAUCAGAUAAAAUCAGAGGCAAAGAUGAGCUCAGGGAAUCAAAUCGGUUUUCGCUUAUUGAUACACAAGGCUAUGAGCUUUCUCACUUAGGGAAGGCUGAUGAAGUUUGCAGUAAGAGGAAGAAUAUAUUAGAUCACUCUUAUGGAAGCUUUAAAGGACUUACAGAGGAUGGACGUGAUUCUAAUGAAAAAAUUCAAGACAAUGCCCUGAAAUCCGGCUUAUCUCAAUUGGUACCUUCUAUUACCGAACAUUUCAAUGAUAUAUCCACAGGUCAAUCAAAAAGAGUAGAGAAGCCGACUUCAGGAUCUUGGUAUGAGAUUCCACCCUCAACUUUUAAAUUUUGUGGCGAGAACUAUUUCAAGUAUGACUUUGGUGUUGAUGUGUCUGUAUGCCCCAAAAAGAUACAUCACAUUGCCCAGCAUCCUGAGCUUCCCAAAGUGAAAGCAAAUGGGAAAGUGGUCAUUGUAAACAUACAGUUGCCUGCUUAUCCUGCUGCAAUGUUUCUUAGUGAUAGUGAUGGAGAAGGGAUGAGUCUUGUAAUGUAUUUCAAAGUUUCUGAGAAUUUUGAAAAAGACAUCUCUCCUAAAUUCCAGGACAGCAUUAAGAAAAUGGUUGACGAUGUGACAGAAAAGUUAAAGGAUUCGCAAAGGACUCCAUUGUACCUUUCAGAGAAAGACUAA